UCCAGGGAAUGCGAUUUUGCCGACCUCUAGUCAUUAACUCCCUCAAGAUGAUUUUUUCUAAUUUCAGGAAGCCUUUAAAAAAGAUUUUUUCUAAAUGAAAGAUAUUCAGAAACAAUGCGUAAUUUGCAGAACAAACAAAGCUUGGAGGAUAAAGAUGAGGGGAGCUGAGAAUAAAUGUGGACACAUUGUUUGUGUUAAAUGCAUGUUACUACACGUUCAGAAAUGGAUCAAAAAAGACAAGCCUCGUAUUAAAUGUCCAAUGGAGAAUUGCCGUGAAAGGGUGCAUGAGAAUGACAUUGCUGCUGUUCUAAAUCCAGAUUGUGAAGCUUUGGACCCCUUUAUGGAUUCUAAAAUGAGAAGAAAGCUUGCGGAAAGGCAUGAUGUGAGCGUUAUCAAGUACGCAUUGGGUGAGAGAAGUAGAUGCUGUCCACGUUGUGAGAAUUUGUACGGUCAAAAAGUCGGUUGUAAUUAUGUUCGUUGUGCAAAUUUGUAUUGUAAUACUUGGUUCUGUUGGAUUUGUGGAAAAGAGGAUGUUAAUUGGGCCCAUUUUACUGGAUUAAAAUGCAAACUUCGAGUUGAGGAUAUACUCAAAGCACUCUACAUUGUUUCAUUUACAAUAUUCACAAGUGGACUAAUUCUUACUUAUUUUAUGCCGGCUGUUGCUUUGGGAUUGUUUAUAAUCGCUCCAAUUUGUGUUACUCUUGGAACACCCUACUUUAUUUUGAAAUGGCUUGAAAAUAUUUGGAGAAGACUUUCUACAACAAGACUUGAAAUUUGGCAGCUUAUAAUUUACUGGAUUAUAGUAAAUUUAUUUUUAAAAAUUAAAAAAAAAUUUUUUUAG